AAAAUGGCGAAUUGAUUUGACCGUCCCAAUUUGUACACAAUAUUUCGAAAACAUUGUUUAUAUUGUAUAAUAAAUAGAAUAAGAACAAUGUUUAACCAUCGAAUUGUUGUCUAAUGUACAUGUAGAAUUUAUUAAACUGAAUGAAUACAACGAAUAUACAAAAAUGUCUUUAGGAAAUUGGAAAUUAGAGAAAGAUCUGUGUCGUUGUUGUCACAGCGAAGGAACUUUUAUUAAUUUGGCUGAAACAUAUACAAUUUUAGGUGUUACUGAGACUUAUACGGCUAUGUUGAAAGAAUGUUUCGAUAUUGAUUUGUCUCCUGUGCCAGGCAUGUAUUGCACAGCAACAUAUACUAUUUGUGAGUCAUGCAUAACAAGAUUACGGGAUGCUACGGACUUUAAGAAACAAGUUCUUACUUGUGAGGAAGCAUUCAGAGAUCUAUAUAAUAGGAAUUUUAUAAAAGAUGCGGAGCCAAUAGUGCAGGUGGAAGUGAAACAAGAAAUUCCUGAUGCAAGUCUGGAUGAUGUGUUCAAAGACCAGUGUCCAUUGGAUAGUGGGAAUGAUUAUGUGUGCGUCGACAGCGAAGAAGAUAUUGAACUUAAAGUGGAUGAACAGGAUGACCCCACGGAAGUCGAUGUGAAAAGCAAGAAGAGAAAAUUGAGAUCGUCAAAUAAAAAGACACAGAAAAACAAGAGUUGCAGGACAGAGAGGAAGAAUGUUAAAGUAGAGACGGAAGAUAAUGCGGCGAGUAAGAAAAUUGGAAGAAAUAUGGCGACGAAAUUUCGACUAAACGACGAAGAUUACAGAAGGGACGGGGACACAUACCAGUGUGCGCAUUGCGAUAAAAAAUACGACAAAUUCUAUUCUUUAAGGUUCCACGUUAAGACGAAACAUUACAAGAUACCCCGUUUUUCCUGCAAUAUUUGCCUUAAGGAGUUCAUGACGCCGGCUCCUCUUACGGUCCACAAACUCGAAGCCCACAAUAUAGACGAUAGAUUUAAAUGUAACGCUUGCAAGGGGAUCUUCAACACGAAAAUCCAAUUAAGGAAACAUAUUAAUAACUUCCACAUGCUUGGCGAAAGGUAUAAGUGUGAAUUCUGCGAAUACGAAUCCUUUAGUUUCGAAGGUAUGUAUAAACAUAAAUUCAAACAUAAAACUGUUAAAGAUUAUCAUUGUAGAUUUUGUAGGAAGUCGUUUUUAAGAAAGACCACAUUGGAUCUCCACGAACGUAUACAUACAGGUGACAGGAGGAAAGUUUGCAGCGUAUGCGGGCAGGCGUUCGUUCAAAAAGCUAGCUUGAAUUAUCACAUGACGAAAUACCAUCCCGAAGUUAAUUUUUGAAGUUGUUUA